GUAGGGGACCCGUCUCAUGGAGCGUCAAGGAUGCAGUGGAGACCGAUGGGGAAGUGAGGCCCAGAGUGGGAGUGUCUCUCGGAGGCCAUGGGGAGCUGCUCAGCCCAGACACCUCCAGCCCAGCGCCUUCCCUGCCCCGAGGGGGCGGGGGCCCUGGGCAGUGGGUUCCCGAGGCCGUAGGCAGGCCCACCUGCCCUGGCCGAGUGCAGGGUCCGGGGACUCUCACCAUCUGAAAUCCUCAUCUUUCGAAACAAGAGAUGGUGGCCAGAUGCCCAGAGAGUGGUCCCCGAGCCGUUAGACCAGCGCAUCAGCAAUGCGCGGGGGGGCAGAAGGACGGGCGGGCUGGGGUGCUGUGCAGGCGUCUCACACGCAGACAACCAGGCUCAGCCGAGAGCAAAGGGCGGGAGACGGUGGUGGAGGGCGUCAGGGGUGAGCGCCAGGGUGGGGCCGAGGUGACCGCAGGGUCCAUGGUGUUUCCGGGGGAGCUCAGUGUGUGAGCGGGGUUGGCGCCCAGGCUGACAGCAGGAGCUGAGAAUCAGCGUGGGUGGCUGGCGCCCUGUCCUCACCUGGCUGGCCUCGGGGGCAUCCCACCCAGCCCCCUGCUCUGGGGCCCCAAGCCCACAAGCCUGGCCCGCACCCCCGAGCUCCUUUAGCCGGUUGCCGGCCAGCGUGCGAGCCUGUCCCUGGAGAGUUUUCUGGGAGGGCAGGGUCCCCAGGCCGGCGUCAUCCUGGGACUCUCUCCCGGAAGAAACAUUCAGGGAUGUUUAUCAACAUCUGUCUGUGACACGGAUUCAGACCUCGGCAGACACACUGGAAAGCCCAAAAGCACGUGGAAGGAAAUUCAAAGACCUGUUGGCCGAGGGUCCGGGCCAGCUCCCCAGUCCCUGGGCCCUUCCUCUCGGGGUGUUUUUCAUAGCAGUGGAGGGGCACGGGGAGCCAUCUCCCCCUUCCCGGGGGGGGGGCCUUCUGCCAGAGGAUGAAGCCCGCAGCCCCACAGCCCAGCCUCACCACCUACCUCACUGCACCCUCAUGCUCACGGAAAGCUCUCCCUGCCCUGGCAUCCUGUCCCUCCGGCUCACUGACUCCCUGAGCUGCCAUUCGACAGAAACAUCCACGGACCCCGUGUCUUAGGGGCUGGGCAUACAGGGCAGAGGGCCAGCCCUCCCGGAGGACCCCGAGAGCUGAGCCUGGGCCGGGCCUCCCUCCAGGCCAGGUUGGGACCUGAGCCUCAGCUGGCAGGGGCUCCCCUGCGGUGCCUACCCUAGCCAGGCUGGGCAUUUGGUCCCCAGGUCCCCAGUCCCCCAGAGGGCAGGACAGCCACCAGGUGGAAGCUGCCAGAAGGAGCCUGUUGCCUGAGGCUGAGCAGUAGCCAGCCGGGGGGGAAUGGGCAGCGCCUGGCCCGUUCACAGCCAGAAGGCUGCAGGUGGGGGAGGGCACACCCUGCCGCCUGGGUGACCCACGUGCCAGCCCUUCUCCCUGCUUCCCCACAAGCCUUCUCCUUUCUCCCGAAAAAGCCAGAAAUGCCCUUAUUAGGAGGAUCAGCCUGGCCCGGGAUGGGGUGGGAGCCUGUUAACCCUUCAUUUAUAAACAAAAGGAUAAAUCUCAGCAAGUUCAACAGCCCCGCGGCGGGAACUUAAACAGAGUGGGCGGCCCUGGCCCAGUCCCCCCACCCGCCACCCCCACCGCUGUGCCGGGGCCACCAGAGCUGGACCAGGCAGGGAGCACGGCGUCUGUUUAACUCACACCCGCUCUGCUGCUGCUGCUGCUGCUGCGACCUGGCUCCGGGCUCGAGCCCCAGCGAGCCCCCCGUCGUGGGCCUCCAAGAUAGCAGGGUGGCUGCCUGUCGGGACAGAGGAGAAACCGGGGUGGCCAGGGGGCUGGCUCACCGCCCCCCAUCCUAGCCUCCUGGGCAAGGUCCCUUAUAAGGACCCUUGCCUGGGGCACUGACCUCGUGCCACCCUUGGAGGAGGUGAGAACAGGUGGGCAACCUGGAGGACAGGGGCCUCGGGCUGGAGUAACCGUGGGCCUGGCUCGGUCCAAGGAGAACUGUGGCUUAUCUGGCAGCAAGUAACAGUGCGCUGAGCCCCGCGGUGCUCAGUUGAUCCUCCCAGCAGCUCUGCAGGCCCGGUGGUAUAGGUUAGGACAUGAGGCACAGAGAGGUUUAGCAACUUACCUGAGGUGGCACAGCGAGUGAGGGAGGAACUGGGCUUGGAGCCCGGGCUGAACCCCACUCUCUUGCCCAUCAUCUUACCUGUGCCACGCCGGUCACCCUGCCUUCCUCGGUCCCGGUGAUGUCUCACAAGGCUCUCCACCUCCCGCUACGGGAGGAGCAGGCUCGGAGUCCUAGCGUGCUGCCAAACUCCACGCCGGCAGGUUCCAGGGCCGGGCCAAGCAGAGGCCCCGGGCUCGCGCUGGCCGCCGUCAUGCCCUCCACAUCUCCUGCCCCCAACGCCACGGCGCCGGCGGCGUGGACCAACACCAGCACGCCGGAGAUGCCGCUGUUCCACCGGUUUGCCCUGCUGGACGAGGAGCUGUACGCUGCCUUCCCGGGCCUGUGGCUGGCGCUGAUGGCCGUGCAUGGCGUGAUCUUCCUGGCGGGGCUGGUGCUCAACGGGCUGGCGCUGUACGUCUUCGGCUGCCGCACCCGGGCCAAGACGCCGUCGGUCGUCUACACCAUCAACCUGGUGGUGACCGACCUGCUGGUGGGCCUGUCCCUGCCCACACGCUUCGCUGUCUUCUACGGCGCCCGCGGCUGCCCCAGCUGUGCCCUCCCGCACGUCUUUGGCUACUUCCUCAACAUGCACUGCUCCAUCCUCUUCCUCACCUGCAUCUGCGUGGACCGCUACCUGGCCAUCGUGCAGCCGGAUGGGUCCCGCCGCUGGCGCCAGCCUGCCUGCGCCAGGGCCGUGUGCGCCUGCGUGUGGCUGGCCGCCGGCGCCGUGACCCUGUCCGUGCUGGGCGUGACGGCCACCGGCGGGCCCUGCUGCCGUGUCUUCGCGCUGACCGUCCUGGAGUUCCUGCUGCCCCUGCUGGUCAUCAGCAUCUUCACGGGCCGCAUCAUGUGUGCGCUGUCGCGGCCAGGCCUGCUGCGCCAGGGCCGCCAGCGCCGCGUGCGGGCCAUGCAGCUGCUGCUCACCGUGCUCGUCAUCUUCCUGGUCUGCUUCACGCCCUUCCACGCCCGCCAGGUGGCCGUGGCCCUGUGGCCCGACGCGCCGCCCCACGCCAGCCUCGUGGCCUAUCACGUGGCCGUGACCCUCAGCAGCCUCAACAGCUGCAUGGACCCCAUCGUCUACUGCUUUGUCACCAGCAGCUUCCAGGCCACUGUCCGCAGCCUCUUCCGCCGGCACGGAGUGGAGUAUGAGCCCAACAGCUGCGACGUGGUCAGCACGCUCCAGAGCUCCAAGGGCCCAGGCCACCGUCACAUCCUCAGCACCAGACCUCAAGCCCCCUCGCGGGCCCUGGCUAAUGGGCCUGAGGCUUAGUCCGCAGGACUCUGCAAGGGGACCAAAGGUCAAGACUGGGCUGGGCGUGCCAGGUCAGGGACAGAGCGGAUACCUGCUCCACCCGGGUGGCACGUCAGGUUCACCUUGAUCGAUGGGUGAUGGCUUCCCAGCGCACUGCAGGAAGGAAGAGUCUGAGGCCCCUGUGCUAUGAUUGAUUAGCAAUGUCUGCCAUGGGUGCUCGAGAGGGUGUGGUGGUCUGAGUGCUGACUCGUUGACAUCCCUAGGGUAUGUGUUGUGUCCCUGGAAAGCUCAGAGGGGGUAGCCAGGAGCUGCUUCUCACUUGGGCCAUUCUCCCCACCCAGCAGGGGCUCCUGAGAACAGAGACAAGGGUGUUCUAGGUUCUGGGAGUUCCGAAGAGGGUCAGAAAGGUAACUGGAGAGGCCCCCUCCCCACAGAGAGAGAAGAACAAGACCAGAAAGCAAGUCCCAAGGACACGAAUGUCGCCUGAGGUGUUCACGAUUGCAGGACCCCCACCUGAGGAGCCACGGAUCACACGGAAAGCAGGCGGGACACCAUGGGAUGCUGGGUCGUGAGCACCGGGGCUUCUGGGCUGACACUUGAAGCAGAAGCCACUCUACAGAGAGACGAUUUUCUGCCCACACGCCGUGUAGGAGGGUCUAAGUGGCACGUCCGGGGCCCAAGUCAGAAUCAAAACCCAGCCCCAUCUCCUCCAACGCCCCCAUGCCUGCCCCAUGGAGACCGCUCAAAUCUUCCCAAAGCCCCCAGCCCAGCAACUGUCUCAGAAGACGCUGCCCACUGCCCCAGAAGCACGGUAGGGCUUGUGGCCCCAUCCUGUGGAUGAGCAACCAGGGGCAAAGACAGCAACAGGAACCCAGGCCUGCCGGGGUCCCCACACAGAGGCCUUUCCUCUCUCUCGCCUGGCCUGUCACGCCCCCUGCCUUUCCCAGGAAGGGAGCAUCUCUCUGGCCUCUGGUCGCCUCCUCUGAGCUGGACUCGGGGAUUGCCUCCAUGUGUCUUCUGCUGAACAUCCAAGCUCCCACGAGCCCUUCCUAGUCUGCAGUGGCGGGGGGGGGGGGGGCACCUGUCACGGGAGAGGAGCUCUGGGCCUCCCAGGCACCUCCAGCCACCAGGCUCCACCUCACACGUGGCCAUCACCACUGAAACAGGUGAGAUGGACUCUGAGCCCUAGGCUUGUCUUUUGUCUCCCGAGAGCUGUCCUACACGCUCGGUGGCUCCAGGAAGAGAGCCCUGGCCCCUGACCAAGCUCAGGGUCCUGAGGUGAGGCCUGAUGGGGGACAGAAAGGCCAUUUAUAUUCCCAUAUUACAGAUGGGGAGUCUGAGGCUCAGAGAGGCAAGGGACCUUGCCAGGGCCGUAGAGUGAGAACCUGGGUGCUGUAAGGCCAGUGUGUCUGCUGGAGCCCCGUGGCAGGGUCAGCUCCUCUGGCGCCAGGACCUUGUGGGGUGGCCAGGGUGGGGGAUGCUGGGGCCCAGUGGAGCCCAUGUCUUGCUCAGUGGGGUGGUGGUGGAGCUGGGCCCCCAGCGCAAAGCUGCUUCCUGGCCCGGAUGCUCGAGCAGCGAGGGUUGCGGCUGUCAGCAUUAGGACCGCCAUCCUUGGCCCUGACUGGGCGCCGGGCUCCGUAUCCAGCCUCCCCCAUCUCCCAGCUCAGGAAGGGGCCUGGCUCUUGGGAAAGGAGGGCAGGGGCACGUAGCAGGCUGACGCUGGCCCCAGGGGGUGGCACUAAUGGUGGGUGUUCAGGCAAGGAGGCUCCAACAGAGCUUCGUCUCUUCCUGGCCUGCAAGCUGGCACCUGGGCAGUCACACUGCAGAGGGGGGCAGGCCAUUGUCAGGUGUUCGCCCCAGCCCAGCACCACCUGUGGACUUGCCUCCAGGGUCAGCGGCCCUGGUCCCAUCCCAAGCUCUCACUCUAAUUCCUACUAAAGAGUGAGAGGCUGACACUAGCUGACUGCUGUGCUUGGGGGUGGAGGGCUUGCAGUUCUUCUGGAACAAUCCCUUCCCCUGGGAGAAGGGGGUCUCCAAGGGAGGCGAGCCAGCAUGGGUCUGACCAGGCACCUGCUGGGCCCCACGACUCUGCAGCCCUGCUUCACUCCGUUGCCUCAUUCACCCCCACCGUCUCUGGAGGUGAGGAUCCAUGGGCCAGCCCCAGGGGGGCCCGUGCCCUCUCCCCUUGUCCGCAUGUGCAAAACCACCGUCUAUCCUUGGGGGAGAAAGACGCCAGGGCCCAGGGGAGGCCCCCACCACCCCAGCUUGAGUGGGGUGGCCUCACACCUGCCAGAGCUGUCGGUGGAGCCCACGCAGAACCCUCGCCAACUGGGCCUCCGUUCCCCACCCUCCACUCCUCACACUCUUCCUGGCCUUGUGGCUGGUGGGCAGGGGGCUGGGGGCAUGCAAUGCACCCACGUGACCUUGCCUGGCCCCCCCCCACCCCCUCAGACACUGGCCCCUGACCACUGACUCCCUCGCACUCCUCUCCUCCGUGGGGCCCCAGGCCCAGGAACCCCCAGAGUCCUGGCUGGGACUGUCCUUGGUCGCUCGGGGCCGGGGUGUGAGGUCCCUGCGUCCCCCUCCACGCGGCCUUCCCUCCCAGACUCUUGAAAAAUCCAAGCAACGUGUGACGGCGUGUGUAUUUAUAUCUGAUGUAAACACUCUUCUUAACGAGGAGUCCUGGUCCUGAAUUAAACCUGUUUACUCUCUUGUGCCCUCGA